CGCAGUCCGGUCCAGGACCUAGGUUCGAACCCGAACCUUUGUGGACCGGACCCAUGGUUCGGUCACAGGUCCAGAAUUUCUCUUGGACCGAACCCCUUGGUAGGUUCGAGGUUCGGUGUGUUGUCGAUAAAUCCGGACCGGUUCGAACCUAUCAUGUCGCUGGCUUUGACUUACGAUUUUCGAAGUCGAAGCCUCAUGUUUUUGGCAAUCUCUCGGCUACUUCAGUAAUGCAACUCAUUCAGGCGCCAAACAUACCUACAGUUGUGAUUCACCAUACUGAUUAUCUGCCAUGGGUUCUCAUUUUGGUGUUUCAUGGUUUGAAAUUUAUGCCCCCUGCUGCUAUGUCCUCUGCACGUCGUGCUGACGGUUCGUUGAAAGACGCCAGUGAGAUAGCGUGGUACAAUGAUGCCGAAGACGACUCUCCAAUGGUUCCUCCCCCUGCUCCUGCACACAACGGCACUCUCAAUUCGUUUGUACGUCGUUCUGGUCGAGCGGUCAAACCCACAGAGAAGAUCCGCGAGACUCCGUCAUUGUGA